UCUGUCUUACAAAUACCCCCCCUCCCGGAUACAAACGUCGAGGGCAGGCCUAGAUCGUAUGCAAGUGAAAUAACACUGGGCUAAAACUUUAAAAGGAAGUUUUGGCAAUUUUCGAUAGCGUCGGUAACAAAGCGAUUUCAGGAAGUUCACUUGUGUAGGUGAGGCAGAUAGUGAAAAAGUGCUGAUCAUUGCGGAAAACGUACAGCAUUAUUGUGCAAAUUCCUUUCAAACCGCAGUCCUGUAAGUGCGAAGUACUACCACAGUACCAGUCAUCAGGUUGUACUCGUACUCGUACCUGUCGUAGCCAGGUCGCGAUACUGCCUCUAGAUCCGCUGAAUUGGAACUUUCGGAAGUUUGGGCAAAUAUAGAAGGAACCCAUCAGCAACACCAGUUCAGUUACUGUGAAGUGAUCAUUUGAGAAGAUGUCUGCUACAUCGUCAAGCAGUGGCCUCAAGAAAAGGAAGGGCCAGUCUCUAGCACCUUCCCCCGGCGUGGAGGAAAUUGACACCAAGAAGAAUCAAGUGCCUGUGCCAAGAGUUUGGAAACUAAGGCCCCCAACGUUAUGGCAGCGCACUAAAUUUGUUCUGAAAGUACUAAUGGGAGUAGCUGUUGUUGCUGGUGCAGUUACCUAUUAUUUGGAGUCACCAAUCAACCCUGAAGGUUUCAGCCUUCCAACUCCUCCAGCCCUAGAAGGCGCUCUUGCCCCGAACACAAGGUUGUUGGAUGGGGUCAAACUCCUGGAAGGGAAGAUACGAGGGCCGGAAUGCCUAGCUGAAGAUAAUGGUAAAAUAUUUACAGGAACGUAUGACGGUGGAAUCUUUAGAAUAACCAACGAAUCAAAAAUGCGCAGUAUGGGAAGACUGGGUUCCAGACCAUGUGGCACUCCCGUCAACGAACCCAACUGUGGACGCCCAUUGGGAUUGAGAAUCUAUGGUGGUGAGAUUCUUGUGAUGGAUAGCUACAUGGGACUGUUCCGAGUGAAGCCAAAUGGGUUCAUUGAAAGGCUGGUAAGCAGUACCCGGAGCUAUGACCGCUUCCCCAUCAAGUACGGCAACGACCUGGAGAAGUUCCGGGGCAAGAACAGGGACUUCUUCUUCAUCGAUUCCAGCAAGACAUGGAACCACCGUCAGCGGGAUAAUGCCCUGUGGGAGGCCAAUGGCUGUGGAAGGUUAAUGUGGUUUAACCCCAUCAACAACAUGAGCAACAUUGCCGUGCCCAAGCUGUACUACCCAACAGGCAUACAGUUCUCUCCUGAUGAAGACUUCAUGCUAAUCUCAGAGGCGACUCGUUUCCGCAUCCUCAAGUACCAUUUCCAGGGCCCAUUAUCUGGUGGCUACCAGGUCUUUGCUAGCAAUCUGCCAGGUAUGCCGAUGAAGGUCCGCCCCAGUGUGACUGGGGGCUAUUGGGUGGCUCUGGCCCAUGUGGGCGGUCGCAUCGGGACGUCCAUCCCAAUUUUCGAUUUCCUGUAUGCAAGGCCCUGGCUUCGAACGAUCAUCACCAAGUACAUUAACCCUGAAACUCUCACAAAGUGGCUGUCCAAGUACGGCAUGAUCUUGGAGUUGGACCAGCAGGGUAAGAUCUUGCAGAGCCUGCACGACCCCACUGGCCAGAUGGUCUCGUCUGCCACCAGCGUCCUGGACAUGGGGGAUGCGCUGUACAUAGGCUCGGCCGAGAAGGAUUACAUCGUGAAGAUUCGGAUGGAGGGUAGACAACUGCCGGAGGCACAGAAGACUAUGCAAUCAAAGACUGCAUAGUGGAAACCAUUCUGAAUUUGAAUCCUUACAAAGGAGGUAAUUCAGACUUGUAAGCCUUAUCUUGAUCUCCCUUUCUUCUGUCAAAUGCAAUGCAUUGUACUUUGGGCAUGAUUAGCAUUAGAAUUGUACUCUUGUCACGAAAGACUUCAAGAUUGUAGAAAUGGACAUAAAAGAAGUGUCAACUGGUGUGUGUGGCGAGAAACCGUUGAGUUCAAAUUAAGUGAGUAUACUACAAGCCUGAAAAUUCAAAAGUGUUUCAUAGGUCAGUGGGUUAACAUGUCAAAAUAUCAUAGUGUUAUUGGCAUUUCACAGUGGUGGCAAAAGUGUGCUAGAGGGAUGGGCUUGAUUUGAGCUGCUGAGUUUUCAGUACCAGACUACCUGCCUUGCAGACUCAUAGCUGUUUGUGCAGCAGCACUUAUGGCCAAAGAUAUCUGUUGGUGUUUUCAACAAAACUUUCUAUGCCGAAGUGAAGCUACUGAUGUGCAUCUUUCUUCAACCAGUAGAUAAAUCCAAUGACAAGAAUUUAAGCCCUUACUGUGGGGUCACCCUGUUUGCCCGGAGGUAGUGCACAUGUGCUACAUUCCUCUCUGACCAGUAGGAUGUCGUAACUUGCCAAACUCUGCGCACAAGCCACAGUUAAAGCCCAUGUGUGAGUGUGAUAGCCCGGCUGGAAUGGCAUCUGCUCGGAUGUGUCUAUAGGAGCUUGUGACUUGCCAAAUGGGUGUGCGCGUCAAGUUUGAGAACGUGUGUGGUGCCACCACAGUAAGAUGUCUCAGUGUAUAGGCACAUUUACACACAUCAUUCCAGGUCUUACCUUAAAAUCUGACAUUCCUGAUUUAUAAUUUACGUUGUGAUCAGAGAGUUUAUAAAAUAUGUUAAGAUCAGAAUGCUUCAAUUUAGACAGGAAGAUGUGUACGUCCUUUUCAUUGUUGGUUGGUACAGGUGUGUCUGAAUGUUUUGUUUAAAGCAACAAGAUUAGACUUUAUUGUAAACUACUACGUGGAUUUUUAACCUCUUUUGGAAAUGUGUACUGAAGUAAGGUGCAGUUUUUUCACAGUGGAUACUAAAUAUUUUGUGUACUGGAAUUGACUUUUUAAUUGAAGUAUUUGUCAUGUGAACUACAUAAUGUACAUGCAAUAUUGUUGAUAUUACAAUAUUUUCUUUCUCUAGAUGUGUAAACGUUCAUAUUCUGUUCCUUGUGGAAGAAAACCAGUAAAUGCCAUGAUUGUUAAAAACAGGCAAUGUCAGUACUCUUGUGCAAGGUAUUUUCCGAAUCUACUCCGAAGAUGUUUUAUAUAUUUUGACCAGAAAGUUGGAAUAUUUUUGUAUGAAAUUUGCCCAUUGUUUGGAAGUAGGUACAGUACUACUGCUAAAGUGCUAACAGAUAUUUGCAUUGAAACCUAAAGUAUUUUUGAUAUGAAGUUUCUACUAGAAAGGAUUAUAUAUUUUCUGCAUUGAUGAAUAUCAGUAGUUACUAGGUUGCAAAAUGGUAAUUAGAAAUGUCUCUUUGGUUGGGGGUGGGGGUAGAUCCAGUCUGUGCAAAUGUUCUCAUGCAGAGUACAUUGUACUAAGAGUAUGAAAUGUUUUUCUUCUAUUCCAGAAAUUUGAGUGUUUUUGCCCGAGUAGUUUUGGUUUCACAUUUGAACUGUGGAAGUGUAAUAAAUUGUCAAAAUUUGAAAAUUACUAUGCAGGAUUAGAAUUAUUUCUGUUCUCUGUUGAACAAAUAAGACUACAUGUAGCUCAUGUCAUGUCACUGUAUUUCCCUUUGAUGUGCAGUUCUUUAGUCAGCUGUUACAGACCUUGGAAAAGGUGUCUCCCUGCUUGAAGUUAUAUUUUGGCUCAGCCAAUCAGAAUGUUCUGGAAAUAAAUGUAUAACAAAGGCUGUCGCCGUUGGUCUCUCUUCACAAAAUUUCUUAUGGAAGAAGAGGUCAUUUUUGCUUCCUUUCUACUACCAAUUAAAUGAAUUCCACAGAUUGGCACCGUGGUUAGAAUGUACAUAUAAUGUCCACUGCAGACCAGAACUGAAGAUAUGAACCAAGUCUGGAGGCAGAAUGAGAAAACCUACAAAAUGUGGCAGAGACUGAAAACUGUAUCCAAACGAUACACUAUGUUUGGAUUUAAACCGAAGUCACAAAGGUAGACAAUUAAUCCCACUUGACCCUCCUUAAAAAGUUUUUCCCAUUGAUGUGUAUUUUUUUUUUAUCUAUGAUGAGCCUUCAGCAGUUGUUGUUUUUCCUUCAGAAAUAUUUUGAAGUAAUUUUGGCAUUUUGCCUCUAAGCGUUUAACAGAAAGAGGAAAUUGUGUUAAAAUUCUUCCAAUAACACAGUCAACUUGGGGGUUUUAAGUUGUCUUUGGUGGCAUUUUCUAAAAUAAACACAACACACAGAAAAUUGA